GGUGUAAUGGCCGAUAGAUACUGAUGGUAGAGCCGCUUUUGUCCGAGGGCGUCGGUUAGGUUUCCCUUUGAAUGAAUGCGUUUCUCAGGGAACCCGAGUCUACCGGAAGACCUGCAUGGACAGCGUUUAAUCGCAUGAUGGCCCGCGGUGCCAAGUUCAGGCUCUGAAUUCCAUGGCAGAGGGCCCCGUGCCUCGCCGGUGGAGAGCAGCUUCUUAAAGUCAUCCCGAGAAGUGGACAGUCUCACCAAUACCGGUGCGCAGAGAUGGAUGCUUCAGUACCAAUAGAGCACGUGCUGUUGAGAAUCAAGGUUCUCAACCUGGCCUACCUUACCGUAGCGCUGCCCUUAUUCACGCUGCUAUUCUGCUUCGCCACGUCAAUGUUGUUCCAGUACACCGCCGUGAACACGACGGUUUGCAAGGUGUACAACUUCUGCCCGUCGGUGAGCGCCAUCACGGGCAUCUCUCCGCAGCGCUACAUUUGGCGCAUGGGCGUCGCGCUGCACACGGGGCCCCGGAUUCUGCUCGCGUCGCUCUACCCGCGGUACUUCGCUCGCCGCGCCGCCCUGGUGGCGGCUCCCAAGAGGGCGCUCUUCUCGCGGCUGACGCGCGCCAACUACGCGCUGCACCUGGCCGAGGCCCUGUCCCUGGUCGGCGUCACGUACGUCUCCAACCGCGAGAACUACCCGGUGCACGAGAAGAUCUUCAUCGUCUUCAUGAUCUCGUCGCUGCUUUACAUGGUCGGCACGUGUCUGGCGGUGCACAUGUGCGCCCACAAGGACGACACCGAGAUGGAGCGCAAGUCACGUCGCCUCAAAGUGUCACUGUUGGUGCUCACCCUAGCGGCCAGUGCGGGCAUGCUCUUCUUCUUCUACAAGCACCGAAUCCACUGCGUCGAACUGGCAUUCAGCUGGUUCUCCAUCUGCGAGUACGUGAUCUGCCUGUGUAACAUGGCGUUCCACCUGACACUCGUGUACGACAUCCCCAACGAGGAGCUGCUCGUCGGUCUGCCCGUGACGAAGGCCGUCUGCUCUUCCUCCCCAUCCUCUUCCCGGAAGGACCAAUGAGACACGACAUGCCGCUAGUGCCAAUGGAUGCGCGCUCUCUUCCACGCACACACCACAUCUCUCUAUCUCUCUCUCUUUAAUCUGUCGCUCGAGGCUCGCUGUACGACUCUCUAGCGCCAAUGUACCUGCGCCCGCUCCGUCGCGUAGCCAGCCGCUCGACGUGGAGCAGCGAACUACAUGGGACGCCUUUUCUCGGUGCAUUUUGAGCAUCCGCUUCACGACGUCUGACGUGGUGGUGGCGUUCGGGCCGCAAUACGCGCGUACCUUCGCGCGGAAAGACGAAGAGUUGGGCUUGCAGACAGUGGAGCCGCGAGAAAGAGAAAGCUGACGACACAAUAAAACGCCGACUAUCAG